AUGGCAGCCCCAGCCCCGACAACCACACUGCUUGGACUACAACUACCGUCAACAACGACCCUUGCCUCCGCCGCUGCCGUUGCUACUACAAAUGCGAACGAACCUCCCGACUCGAAUGGCGAGUGUAAGCUUUUGGGCCCAUUCUCUCUGCUUGUGCAGGCCGCCCUGGGGGCGUUAGCACUGCUGUCUUUGGUAUACAAGCGAUAUCGAGAAAGGCCGCAACGCCCACUGAAAAUAUGGGCUUUUGACGUUUCCAAGCAAGUGUUUGGGUCGUCCAUGCUACACUUGGCUAAUCUUGUCUUGUCCAUGUUCUCUGCUGGCCAUUUCGAAAUCCGACAAAAGUACCAGCCUAACCCAUGCUCGUUUUACCUUCUCAAUCUUGGAAUAGACAGCUGCACUAACGCUACAGAUUUGUUCAAGACAACUUUGGGCAUUCCGAUACUAUACUUCUCCCUUCUCGUCAUCAACCGCUUGGCCUUCUAUACACCCCUGGCGCGACCACCUGAAUCGAUAGAGUCUGGCAACUACGGGCAACCUCCAAGACUGACGUGGUGGUUCAAACAAUCGGUGCUAUAUUUUAUCGGUCUCUUGUGGAUGAAGUUCUGCGUAUUCGUCCUGAUCCAAGUUUUUCCUGUCAUAGUCAAGAUUGGCGACUGGGCUCUGCGUUGGACAGAAGGGAACACUGCCCUCCAGAUUAUAUUUGUGAUGCUACUGUUUCCCCUUCUCAUGAACGCCAUCCAAUACUACAUCGUGGAUACGUUUAUCAAGAGGAAAGUCGUGGCAGACGUCGACGUGGAGCCGUUCGACGAUGAGUCCAGGAACGAACUGAUGAGUGAUAACCGAGACUUGCACGGUGCCCUUCUAGGAGCCAGCAGAGGAGACGAUGUGGACCCUGUGUUGGAAGACGAGGCAUCUGGAAAAGAUGUGAAGCCCUUGUCUCGCAGUCAAUCCAAGGUCCACGUCGCAGCCACCGAAUAUAAUCCCUCGGUAGACGGUACCGAUGUCCUUCCAGAGUCAUCCUCCAGAGCCAAUUUCUCGACACGGCGAACUUAG